ACCAGAUCGAGGACCAUCAUGGCAUCCCAUCAGAAAUUCGAAACCCCGGACCACUUGCCAGUGACAAACCAGGCAAUUGGAGAGCCCCAGUCGAUGAAAGAGAAAAUUCUUGAGACGGGUGCUUCUAUGGUGCAGAGCUUCGACCCUCCCAAGCGUCUCUGUGCUCAUCUCAACGCCUUCCACGUCUACGUCAACGAGCCCACUCGGACCUCGGAAGCCAAUCAUUACUGUGCUCAUGUCAACGAAGAUGUUCGACAGUGCAUUCUCUACGACUCCCCGGGGCCGAAUGCAAGACUGAUUGGCGUAGAGUACAUGGUCUCGCCACGUGUCUACCACACCCUUGAUGCAGAGGAGAGGAAGCUCUGGCAUUCGCAUGUCUUCGAGGUCAAAUCGGGCAUGCUCAUCAUGCCGGCGCCUGCAGGAAUGCCUCUGGGUGUGUGGGAAAAGGCAGAGAAUGCGGAGAUGGAGGAGGUCGUCCAUCUCUAUGGCAAAGUCUUCCAGCUGUGGCAAGUGGACAGAGGUGACAAGCUUCCUCUCGGUAUGCCAGAGUUGAUGACCAGCUUCACGAGCCAUGACCAGACGGAGAUUGAUAGACUCGUGGGAGAUCGCGAUCGAAGAUUUGGAGUGGAUUACAAGAAGAAAGCGGCUGGAAGAGCUUACAUCGACGAGCCAGAGGUUCAUCCCGAUGCCGAUGACCUAUGGAAGAAGCAACAGAAGGCACAAUGA